AUGGCUGGAGGCAAAGGCAAAAGCAUCGGUGGGAAGGGUAGCGGCGCAAAAGAUUCCGGGUCGAAGAGUCAGAAAUCACACAGCGCAAAGGCUGGCCUGCAGUUCCCUUGCGGUCGUGUCAAGCGUUUCCUGAAGAACAACACUCAGAACAAGAUGCGCGUUGGAGCAAAAGCCGCCGUCUAUGUUACUGCAGUCCUCGAAUACUUAACCGCCGAAGUCCUCGAACUUGCAGGCAAUGCUGCAAAGGAUCUGAAGGUCAAGCGAAUCACACCUCGCCACCUGCAACUCGCGAUUCGAGGAGAUGAAGAGUUGGACACGUUGAUUCGCGCCACUAUCGCGUUCGGUGGUGUCCUACCGCAUAUCAAUCGUGCACUGUUAUUGAAGGUGGAGCAGAAGAAGAAGAGCAAGGUGGAUGCUUAG